UUGUCUGUAAUAACUUUAUUUUUCGUCUUUCGUUGCAGCUCUGCUAAUGUAAAACAUGGGAGACUGGAACUUCCUGGGGGGGAUCUUGGAGGAGGUGCAUAUCCACUCCACCAUGGUCGGCAAGAUCUGGCUGACCAUCCUCUUCAUAUUCCGGAUGUUGGUGCUCGGCGUCGCCGCGGAGGACGUUUGGAACGACGAGCAGUCGGACUUCAUCUGCAACACCGACCAGCCCGGCUGCCGUAACGUCUGCUACGACCAGGCCUUCCCCAUCUCCCUCAUCCGCUACUGGGUGCUGCAGGUCAUCUUCGUGUCCUCGCCCUCGCUCGUCUACAUGGGUCACGCCAUCUACCAGCUGCGAGCUCUGGAGAAGGAGCGCCACUGCAAGAAGGUGGCCCUCCGCCGGGAGCUGGAGGCGGUGGACGUGGAGCUGGUGGAGAUCCGGCGGAGGAUCGAGAAGGAGAUGAAGCAGCUGGAGCAGGGGAAGCUCAACAAAGCGCCGCUGAGGGGCUCGCUGUUGUGCACUUACCUGGUGCACAUAGUGACUCGCUCGGUGGUGGAGGUCAGCUUCAUGGUGUGUCAGUACGUCCUCUACGGCAUCGCCAACCCGCUGUACAAGUGUGAGAGGGAGCCGUGCCCCAAUGUGGUCGACUGUUUUGUCUCCAGGCCAACGGAGAAAACGGUGUUCAUGGUGUUCAUGCAAAGCAUCGCCUGCAUCUCGCUCUUUCUCAGCCUCCUCGAGAUCAUGCACCUGGGAUACAAGAAGCUAAAGAAGGUCAUCUUGAGCUACUACCCGCACCUGAAGGCCGAUCUCGACGAUUAUUACGUCGACAAGUCAAAGAAGAACUCAGUUGUGCAUCAGGUUAACGUGGGCUCGUCUGUGGCUCGCAAGAACACCAUCCCCGAGGCACCAUGUGGAUACACGUUACUGUUGGAGAAGCAGGGCAACGGACCCACCUACCCUCUUCUUAAUGCGUCCUCCGCUUUCAUCCCGAUAAAAGGGGACCCCGGUGCAAAGCCAGACGGCCACAAGGACGCCAAGGAGGGAGUGCCGAGCCCCACGGAGCGAACCGGCGACACCAGCAGCGAGACUCGCUCCCCUCCUGCUGACAAACAGGAACCAGAGGAGCAGUCCCCGCAUCACAAGGACAUGGUGUGCGCCGGCUCCGAGUACCCCACCCUGCCUGUAGCGGACACCUCCUCCUGCACAACUCUGUCAGGCAUUGUGCGGAAGUCACGGAGGGUCAGUCCACCGUGGAACUGCUCCACUCUGGUGGAGGGGAACGGCUCGGACAGCGGGGACUCCUACCACGGGAACAACAGCGUGAAGCUACGCAGCAGCUGUGUUGGACCCAGAGCCAGGGUGCUCUCUAAAUCGGACAUCAAGAGGCCGAGCAGGUCUCAGAGUCCAGACUCGGCAGGGGAGCUGAGCUCAGUGUCUCGGCACAGCCGGGAAAGCAACAGCCCCACCGCCUCCUCCCCAAACCGCAGAGUGUCUGCGGCGAGCAGCACCAGCAGCAGGAGAGCGCCGACUGAUCUGCAGAUAUAAACGGACCGUCGGCUCCAACGUGAGACUCUCAACGAGCCAAGCUUGGAUGCAAGUUUUAUAAACACUUUUACUGCACUUUUCACACAUUUAAAGUUCUUCAAAUGAAGCACAAAAGGCCUUUGUUACCUAUUGCUAAGGAGAUUACGCUCUCACGCCAAAAGAGCAGCCUUUUUCCAAUCAUAUUAGAAUUUCAGAUUUUAACGUUUCAGUGUGAAGGAUUUAGGGGGCAAAGCAAAUUAUUUAACCAAGAAUGUAUUAGUCUUUUUCUUAUUAAAUAAACAAAGCUAAUCAAAUAAUAAUUAUUAUUGUUAUUCAUUGUGGGUUUUUUAUUUCUGUAAUCACUCCCACAUGUUGACGUCAGUAUCACCCUAAAAAUGUCAAAUGUCUCAAAAUGAACCUAAUGAUGCACCUUUUGCCAUUUUGACGAGACUAUCAAUACACUGAAUUUACGUAACUGAUGAAUGCUUUUCAAAUGCGUUUCAACUUAUUUGGUAAAACAAGUUUGUUGGAAUUUUUUCAUCUGUAAUUUUCAAACCGCAAGAUGUCAAGUAUUUUUAGGUCAAAAGGAAAUUAAAGUCAGAGUGAAAUCAUGACUCAUUGACGGUGAAGUCCAAAUCAGGUUGCCAAGGUUGACUUUGCCAAGUCUUUUUUUUUAUUUUGUGACUCAAGUCGACACCAAUGAUCUGACUGUAUGCAGCAGCUCUGUCUGCACGAUUAGAGGGAACGGAAAACUGAACCACGGAUCUAUAAUGUGUCAGGUCACAAUGUGCUGUUACACAACCAGAUACUUUUAAAUCAGUAAUGCUGUCUGAAUUAAUUUAACUCCCCUGUUCCAACACGUCUGAGAGCUCUUUAUCAAGAACAUUUAACAAAACAGUUGCAUGUCUUUGACACAGUGGAAAAGAAAUGCUAAAUAUCUUUCCCGUGGUGACAGGAAUUUAAAAUUUGUCUUUAACAUGCUGUCAUUAUCAGACUUUAAUGCCCCCUCAGGCACAUGAGC